AUGGAUUAUCCCAAAAUGGAUUAUUUUCUGGACGUUGAGUCUGCUCAUAGACUCUUGGAUGUGGAGUCAGCACAGAGAUUCUUCUACAGCCAAGGAGCUCAAGCUCGCCGGGCGACCCUGCUCCUGCCUCCCACAUUAAUGGCGGCUUCUUCGGAGGAUGACAUAGACCGGCGGCCCAUCAGAAGAGUCCGCUCCAAGAGCGACACGCCAUAUCUCGCAGAGGCCAGGAUCUCCUUUAACCUGGGGGCAGCUUUCAUUUUCUACCUCUGGCAAAGUUCGGUUGGCAUGUACUUGCGGGCUGCCGUCUGUGGCAGUGGUAUACAGGUGCACUAUGACUGUCAAAUCGGGUUGUUAGAUCAGUCACUGAUCCUGGAGCUCACUGUGGUUUCAGCCACCUGGCCAGCAGGCGAGGCCCUGGAUCCUCCUGUGUUUGUGCCCAGAGCUGGGGCUGCAGACUCGUGCUACUGUGCUGGUGGUUACUGGAGGUACUGA